AUGGAGGGUGUGCACAGACGAAAGAUAAACUUCCCUGCCUACGUGGACAGAAUCCCGCUUGCCAGGCGCCGAAAACCGGACUCAUGGACAGUUAUCGGCAUUGAAGCAGCCCUUAUCGUUUUCGCUGUGGGACUGGGCACCUUCACCUACUACCGUGCGCAUGUUUUACCCCUCUACGCAGCUAAGACCUUUGCCCACCUCGGCUCUCCUGCGGCAGCAAACGGGGACGAACUCGCGGCCUAUAAUCUCGCCGUGGCCUACAUCAAGGGUGAGAUCCAGGGGGCUAAGACGGAGACAAUUCGCGCCCUGCUUACACAGGCGGCAAAAGGUGGAAUUCAGGAGGCUGUCGGAUUACUUCACACCUGUGGCAAUGGGCAGUGUCUUAAAGCCCAGAAGAACGGACCCCUGUAG